UUCUCCAAUUUCAGUGUUGAUAGCAUGAUGACCUGACAACGUCCAGGCCCGUCCCAACUAUGCAGUGCAGGUACUGAUGGGAAAGGAUCCAAUAUGAGUGUGAAUGAUGUUGGAGGCAGACGACGCUUUGAAGACAGCGAGUACACCUUGCACAUCUACCCCGGGAGCAUCGCCGAAGGGACCAUCUAUUGCCCCAUCACCGCCCGGAAAACUUCCACUGCUGCCGAGGUGAUCGAUUCGCUCAUCAAUAAACUCCAGCUUGAGAAAACAAAAUGCUACGUCCUUGCCGAAGUGAAGGAGUUUGGUGGGGAGGAAUGGAUCCUCAACCCCACCGACUGCCCGGUCCAGCGCAUGAUGCUGUGGCCUCGCAUGGCUCUCGAGAACCGAACGAGCGGCGAGGAUUACCGCUUCCUCCUGCGGGAGAAGAACCUCGAUGGCUCCAUCCACUACGGCAGCCUGCAGUCCUGGCUGCGGGUGACGGAGGAGCGCCGCAGGAUGGUGGAGCGGGGCUUCCUGCCCCAGCCACAGCAGAAGGACUACGAUGACUUGUGCGGCCUGCCUGACUUGAACGAGAAAACGCUCCUGGAGAACCUCCGAAACCGCUUUAAGCAAGAGAAAAUCUACACCUAUGUAGGCAGCAUCCUCAUAGUUAUCAACCCGUUCAAGUUUCUACCUAUUUAUAACCCUAAGUAUGUCAAAAUGUACGAUAACCAUCAGCUGGGCAAGCUGGAGCCCCACAUUUACGCCGUGGCAGAUGUGGCCUACCACGCCAUGCUUCAGCGCAGGAAGAACCAGUGCAUCGUGAUUUCAGGGGAGAGCGGCUCGGGGAAGACGCAGAGCACAAACUUUCUGAUUCAUCACCUCACUGCCCUCAGCCAGAAAGGAUUUGCUAGCGGAGUCGAACAGAUUAUUCUUGGAGCUGGACCAGUGCUUGAGGCUUUUGGAAAUGCAAAGACAGCACAUAACAACAACUCGAGUCGUUUUGGCAAAUUUAUCCAAGUGAACUACCAGGAGACGGGCACUGUGCGAGGAGCUUAUGUUGAAAAGUAUCUGCUGGAAAAGUCCAGGCUCGUCUACCAGGAACACAACGAACGGAACUACCAUGUAUUUUAUUACCUCCUGGCAGGAGCGAGCGAGGAAGAGAGAUCAGCAUUUCAUCUUAAGCAGCCUGAGGAGUAUCAUUACCUCAACCAGAUGACAAAGAAACCCCUCAGACAGAGCUGGGAUGAGUAUUGCUAUGACUCUGAGCCGGAUUGCUUUUCCGUUGAAGGGGAGGACUUGAAGCACGACUUUGAGCGCCUACAGCUAGCCAUGGAGAUGGUGGGCUUCCUUCCCAAGACUCGCAGGCAAAUUUUCUCUCUCCUGUCUGCAAUACUACAUCUGGGUAACAUCCGUUACAAAAAGAAGACCUAUCGAGAUGACUCCAUCGAUAUUUGUAAUCCUGAAAUACUGCCCAUCGUGUCAGACCUGCUGGAGGUGAAAGAAGAGAUGCUGUUUGAGGCCUUGGUUACCAGAAAGACAGUGACAGUAGGAGAGAAGCUGAUCUUACCCUACAAACUAGCAGAGGCUGUGACCGUGCGAAACUCCAUGGCUAAAUCAUUGUACAGUGCCCUCUUUGACUGGAUAGUUUUCAGAAUUAACCACGCGCUCCUGAACUCAAAGGAUAUGGAGGAAAGCACCAAGACUUUAUCCAUUGGAGUACUCGAUAUUUUUGGGUUUGAGGACUAUGAAAACAACAGUUUUGAACAGUUCUGCAUUAACUUUGCCAACGAGCGCUUACAGCACUACUUCAACCAGCACAUCUUUAAGCUGGAACAGGAGGAAUACAGAGCAGAAGGGAUUAGCUGGCACAACAUCGACUACAUUGACAACUCCGGCUGCAUAAACCUCAUCAGCAAGAAGCCAACCGGCCUGCUCCAUCUGCUGGAUGAGGAGAGCAAUUUUCCUCAAGCCACCAACCAGACCCUGCUGGACAAGUUCAAGCGUCAACACGAAGGGAACUCCUACAUUGAAUUUCCAGCAGUGAUGGAGCCAGCUUUCAUCAUCAAACACUACGCAGGCAAAGUGAAGUACGGAGUGAAGGAUUUCCGUGAGAAGAACACAGACCACAUGCGCCCAGACAUUGUGGCUCUCCUGCGAAGCAGCAAAAAUGCCUUUAUCUGUGGGAUGAUCGGCAUCGACCCGGUGGCAGUGUUCCGCUGGGCUGUCCUCCGGGCUUUUUUCAGGGCAAUGGUUGCUUUUAGGGAGGCUGGAAAACGAUACGUCGAGAAGAAAACUGGGCAUGAUGAUGCAGUGCCAUGUGCGGUUUUGAAAAGUGUGGAUAGUUUUAGCUUUCUCCAUCACCCAGUUCACCAGAGGAGCUUAGAGAUCCUGCAGAGAUGCAAGGAGGAGAAGUACAGUAUUACUCGGAAAAGCCCGCGGACGCCGCUCUCGGAUCUCCAGGGAGUCAAUACCAUCAACGAGAGGAGCCAGUGGGAUGCCUUUGCUGUUGGCUGGAAUGGCCGGAUGGGGAUGCGGCACAGCAGGCUCACCAGCCCCAGCUCCUUCCUGGACAAGGAUGGGAUAUUUGUGAACGCAACUAACAGCAAGCUGCUGGAAAGGGCCCACGGCAUCCUCAUGCGAAAUAAGAACUGCAAAGCCAAACCCAAUCUCCCAAAGCACAUGCUGGAUGUGAAGUCCCUCAAGCACCUGACCAACCUGACGCUUCACGACCACAUUACAAAAUCCCUUCUCCAUCUCCAUAAGAAGAAGAAACCACCUAGCAUCAGUGCCCAGUUCCAGGCAUCACUCAACAAGCUGAUGGAGACCCUUGGCCAGGCAGAACCUUAUUUUGUCAAGUGCAUUCGAUCCAAUGCCGAAAAGCUGCCCCUGAGGUUCAGUGACAGCCUGGUGCUCCGGCAGCUGCGGUACACAGGCAUGCUGGAGACUGUUCGCAUCCGCCAGUCAGGAUACAGCUGCAAAUACUCUUUCCAGGACUUUGUGAACCAUUUCCACGUCCUUCUGCCACAAGGAAUCAACCCAUCUAAGCACAAUGUCCAUGAUUUCUUCAGGAAAAUAAAACUCAAUCCAGACAAUUACCAAGUUGGAAGAACCAUGGUUUUUGUGAAGGAGCGCGAGCGGCAGUUUUUGCAGGACCUGCUCCAUCAGGAGGUGCUGCGCAGGAUCGUGCUGCUGCAGCACUGGUUCCGCAGUAUGCUCUGCAGAAGGCAGUUCCUGAACAUGAGGCAGGCAGCAGUGAUCAUACAGAGAUUCUGGCGUAGCUACCAGAGCCGAAAGCAAGGCAAGCCAUCACCGGACCCGCUCGUGCUCAGCAAAGCUGCACUUGUGCUCCAAACCCACUGGCGAGGCUUCGUGGAGAGGAGGAGAUUUCUGCAGAUGCAGUUUGCGGCCCACCUCAUACAGAGCUGCUGGAGGGAGCACCUGAAGCGGAGGCACGAGGCGGCCGCCAGCAUCCAGGCAGCCUGGCGGGGGCACCGCGCUCAGCAGUGGUACAGAGCCAGCAGGCGUGGGGUGCUGUGUUUGCAAGCAGCAUGCAGAGGAUAUUUAGCACGACAAAGGUUUAGAGCUUUGAAAGAGCAGAGGUUAAAAGAGAUGCAGCUGGAGAAUGGCCUGUCUAUUAGAGAAGAGGAUGGGCUGGAGGAAGAUGGGGCUUUGGAAAUUAAGGGCUCUGACCCAUCCAAGUGGGAGGAUGGCUCAUUUGAAGAAAGAGUGAGAGCUAUAGAGGAGCACAAGUCGCUGAUGGAGAAUAACCGGGUGAAUCACUUGGACCUCCUGGACACUUCUGCAACGUCGUCGUACAAAAGGCACGAGAGAGCCAGCAGCCAGAGCGGGAUGGACACCGAAGAGGAAGUCAUUGUACGAGAGAGACCCAAGUCACUGGAGGAUCUGAAUCAGAAGAAGGUGGUUCGUGCAAAAAGAGAAAGCCGGAGAAUGCGUGAGCUGGAACAGGCGAAAUUCAGCUUGGAGCUGCUUAAGGUCCGGUCUACUGGUGGGCUGUCACCCUCAGAAGAGCGGCAGUGGUCUACCGAGCUGGUAUCUGAAGCACUUCAUUCCCCUCAGGGAACCCCAGAGAGCGAAAGCUCUCAAGGAAGCUUGGAGAUGUUAAGCUGUGAAGAUACCCCGAGUAAACACGUUCCCCUAGAUGUUCAGCUGCUUCCCACUGAGAGCCGGGACUCUUUGCCUAGCAGUCCUCAGCCUCACCUGCAGGACAAGUCUUUCUGCGCAGCGGAUGUGAACAGCAAUUUAUCCAUUUGCAGAAGGAUGCUUUCAGACUCUGAGCUGCCCGAUAACCGCACUGCAAAGGAGCACGUGGUCUGUGACCCCCAGAAUAUCUACAGGAUGCAUCCAAGAGAAACAUUCCUUUCUAGUAAUCUACCUACUUUCUACAUUCCACCGCAGGACAACGUGAAGGUAAAGCAGUCACAGGUGGACAAUAACUUGAAGAAUAAGGCGGUGGAAAGAGAGGAGAAAACAGCUUUGUUCUCUGAGAUGAGGAAGGACUCUGAGCAAGACCAGGGCAAAGUUUUGGGAGGGGAGGAAGGGGAGAAGUCUUCUGCCAAGAGAGAGGAACGUGGGACGGCCGCUGCAACGCAGACCCACUCUCCAGACUCUGUCAUCAAGAGACUGGAGAAGCUCAACGUGGAGAAGGAAGAGCGACAAAAGCAGCUCCAGUUGCAGAACGAGAGGGAGAUGAUGGAGCAGAUCCGGCAGCAGAAGGAAAUUUUAGAGAGGCAGCGCAAAGCCUUCGAGCAGCUGGAGAAGCAAGGCAGGGUGGAGGCUUUACAGCGGGCUGAACUGAGCAGAAUGAAGGACCCUGCUCUGAAACCAUCUAAAAAACCCGACAGCCGGCCUCAGUCUGUCCUCAUCCUGCACACCCAGAACAGAACGGAGCACAGCGUGGCCCCGGGUGGAACUCCAGCCUCAUCAGUGGACAUCAAAGGUCUCACCGUCGGGAGCAGGGGAGGCUCUCCGGCCCACGCUGCCCCCAAAGACAGACCGGUCAGCAUGUUCAUGGAGCGAAGGGAAGGCCCUGCGGGGGCAGCGCUGGAAUCACGGGGCAACCCCCGGCUGGCUGCAGACCCCAGGGAUGCCCCGGGCAGCCCCUUCUCUCGGAUCUCUCGGAAUGAGCGCCUCCGGCAGCCCCGGGUGCCCAGCCAGCCCGGCGAGGAGAUGCGGGCAGGCGCCAUGUUCUUCACACCCAGAGACAAUCCCUUCGGGCUGCACAGGGAGGCAAGCCAUCAAUGCCUCCCCAAGGGUGAGCUGGCUCGGAAGCCAUUUAAGAUGCCUGGGUCUGGCCGAGGAGAGGUUCCCAGGCCGACCCAUAAAAAGAAAGCCCGCAUGGCGCGGACGCGCUCCGAUUUCUUGACUAGAGGUACUUUUGCUGAUGGGGAGGGGGAUACGGAGGAAGAUGAUUACGAUGGCAAUUUUGAGUUCCUCCUCUCCUCUGACCUACCUCCUCACCCCGAGGCAGGGCCUGCGGCCCGGCUCGGCCAGGCCUGUUACAGUGACUCCGAAAUGACAGUUCAGCGAUUCUCCUCGGGCGAUGGCCAACCAAAGCUUCACAAAACCAUGUCUCAGGGGGAGAUUGGGAAGCUGGCAGCCACGCAGAAGCCCCUUGCCCCAGAUGGGAGGUCUCAACGAGCCAAGAUGAGAUUUUGGGUGAAAGGAAAGCAGGGGGAGAAGAAGACCCCCCGGGAGAAGCUUGCCACGCAGUCUGAGCUGCUGGAGCUGUAUGCUGAGCAGGAGGUGCCCAGCAGAGAGGUGGCUGCUGGCCUGCAGCUCGGUGAAGAGUUGGGUCCUCACCAUCUGACGCCGCCGCGGAGCCCUGAGCUGUCAGGAAUCUACCGAAGGGAAUUUAAGGAGAACAAAGAGCCUUCCCCCAAAGUGAAACGCAAACGUAGCGUCAAAAUUAGCAGCGUGGCUCUGGAGCCUGUGCAGUGGCAGAACGACUCGCUGCAGAUCAUAACCAGCGCGAGCGACCUGAAGAGCAUGGAUGAGUUUCUCCUGAAAAAGAUGAAUGAGCUGGAUAGUGAGGACAGCAAGAAGGACACUCUGGUGGAUGUUGUGUUCAAGAAAGCACUGAAGGAAUUCCGGCAAAACAUCUUCAGCUUUUACUCCUCAGCGUUAGCGAUGGAUGAUGGGAAAAGCAUCCGCUAUAAGGACCUGUAUGCCUUAUUUGAGCAGAUUCUUGAGAAGACCAUGAGGCUUGAACAGAGGGACUGGAGCGAGUCUCCAGUUAAAGUCUGGGUCAAUACAUUCAAAGUCUUCCUGGAUGAAUAUAUGAUAGAGUACAAACCCUUGGACUACACUGCAGUGAAGGUGCCAAAAACGGAACGAAAAAAGAGAAGGAAAAAAGAAGCGGAUGUGGUGGAAGAACACAAUGGGCAUAUUUUUAAAGCAACUCAGUACAGCAUCCCCACCUACUGUGAAUAUUGUUCCUCCUUGAUCUGGAUAAUGGACAGAGCUUCUGUUUGUAAAUUAUGUAAAUAUGCUUGUCACAAGAAGUGCUGUCUUAAAACCACGACCAAGUGUUCCAAAAAGUAUGAUCCUGAGCUCUCGUCCCGGCAGUUCGGAGUGGAGCUCGCCCGGCUGACCAGUGAGGAGCGAGCUGUGCCGGUGCUGGUGGAGAAACUGAUCAACUACAUAGAAAUGCAUGGGCUGUACACAGAGGGCAUCUACAGAAAAUCAGGGUCCACCAACAAGAUCAAGGAGCUGCGGCAAGGGCUCGAUACAGACAUAGAUAAUGUGAAUUUAGAUGACUACAACAUCCACGUCAUUGCCAGCGUCUUCAAGCAGUGGCUCCGAGAUUUGCCCAACCCUCUCAUGACUUUCGAGCUGUACGAGGAGUUUCUGCGGGCGAUGGGCCUGCAGGAGAGGAGGGAGACAGUGCGAGGAGUUUACUCGGUCAUUGACCAGCUCUCACGCACCCAUCUCAGCACCUUGGAGCGCCUCAUCUUCCACCUGGUCAGGAUUGCUCUCCAAGAGGAGACCAACCGAAUGUCAGCUAACGCCUUGGCCAUCGUCUUCGCUCCCUGUAUCCUCCGCUGCCCCGACACGACGGACCCGCUGCAGAGCGUUCAGGACAUCAGUAAAACAACCACCUGUGUAGAACUCAUUGUCAUCGAGCAGAUGAACAAAUACAAGGCUCGCCUCAAGGACAUCAACAGCCUGGAGUUUGCUGAGAACAAAGCCAAGAGCCGCCUGUCCUUGAUCCGCAGGUCAAUGGGCAAAGGCCGCGUGCGGCGCGGCACCUACCCCAGCCCUACGUCCCCUGUGGCCGUGCGCCUGCCCUCGGUGUCUGACGUCCCCGAGGAGACCGUGAGCAGCGAGGAGGCCAUGGAGCUGGAUGUGACAGAGCAGCAGCAAGCAGCCAUGCAGCAGGAGGAGAGGGUGCUGACCGAGCAGAUCGAAAGCCUGCAGAAGGAGAAGGAGGAACUGACGUUCGAGAUGCUGACUCUGGAGCCUCGUGCCUCUGAUGAUGAAACACUUGAGUCGGAAGCUUCCAUCGGCACUGCUGACAGCUCAGAAAAUCUGAACUUUGACUCCGAAGGAGCCAUCUCCGAUCGGUCGGAGCGAAGUGUAGCACUUAGCUCCCUGCGCCCCAUCAAGGCGGAGGGGCCAGGCCGGCUGCGGCGGCACCCCAGGAUGCGGCCAGACGUGGCGGACACGCCGAAUCCAUCCCUCGUCUCCUCCUCCUCAUCCUCCUCUUCCUCCCAGUCGUCCACCUCCUGCCUGCCCCACCUGCCCCGCAAGCGCUUCCAGAUGUACUCCAAGUCGCCCUUCUACCGAGCGGGGGCCCUGGGCGAGCCCCCCGAGCCCCACUGCAACGAGCGGCCCCAGUUCACCACGCGUGGGACCUUCAACCCCGAGAAGGGGAAGCAGAAACUGAAGAGCGUGAAGAACUCCCCCCCGAAAACCAAAGAGCCGCCAGAAGGGGGGCUGGGCCGCAAAAGGAACCCCGAUGCUGACCGCAGCGCCGGCCAGCAGCUUGUCCUGCUGGGGAGCAACGAGUUCAUGGUGUGAGACGCCAGGUUGACGACGUCCCCAUUGCCAUCAUCGUCACUGUCAUCCCCCGACCACUCGGGCUCCAAAAUGAGCGCUCCAUGUAGAAGCUGCUGGGGACAGGUUCGGCGGUGGCCUCGAUGGUGUGGGGUUGGGACGGCCGGCGUGGGGACAGAGGGACAGACAGAGGGACGUCGGGGAAGGAGCCGCCGUGCCAGGUCCUCUGUGCUGGAGGAGGAGGAGGAGGCAGUGGGAAGCAGAACACUGAAACGCACGGCGGUGUGCAUGAGCUGCGGGGCACGUGGAGCGGUGAGAAGGAGAUCUGCCAAAAGGACUCGGCUCUGGUUGUUCUUUCUUAUUUCCAAUGUGCCCUCCUCUCGUGGUAGUUUUUUUUUAAUGUUUUUUUUCAAACCAUCAGUAUUAAAAUAAUAAUAAUCAAGGACUUGAAGCUCUGUUUAUAUUCUGGUUUACUGGUAGUUUAUUGUAAAUUACUUUUUUUAAUUGGUUGUUUUUUUUUUUUUUAAUAUUUUGCCCCAAAGAGGACUUUGUGCCAGGGCAAGGGGUCAGUGGGCAGCACAGGCCCCGGCCAUCACCACGUCUUCCACCACUGCUCCAUCGGGCUGUAAUUAGCAGGGCUCAGAAGCACUGCCUGCAGUAGCACUAAUGAGUGGCGCUCGCUAACGAUGGGAGCUGCUGGCUCCUGCUGCAGCCUGGGGGCUGCCUGGCUGUAGGAUGGGAGAGAUUGGGAGCCUGGGACGCUGAUGGGAUCCAUAGGUGCUGGGUCUGCCCCUUCCUGCUUGGUGUUCUGGGCAGGCUGGGCUCCACACCUUUCCCUGAACACCUCCAAAAAGAUGGGGAACACAAUAACUCGAGUCUUCCUGCAUGUUUUCUGUUGGUUUCACUGCGACUGGGGAUGCAGCCCCCUGUUCCCAGCCCCAGUGCCAGUGAUUUCAAGGGGUGUUUUAUUUAUUUGCCUUUUUAUUAUUUUAAUUUUUGUUGGUGGUGGUGGUGGUUGUUUUUUCUUUGGAUUUAAGCCACGUGGUGAUGUGGGGAGCGCAUCAUCCCCACACAGCCCCCCGCAUUGGGAUGAGCCACUUCUCCCUCUCGCUUAGUGGAAAGGCCUUGUUAUUUAAAGAAAUCCCACCAAAACUAUCCUUCAAAGCUCAAUUUUUAGGACGAGGUCUCCUCCAAUAGAGCACCGUCCCAUCCCACACCGAUCUCCCCCCGGCACCACGAGAGCAGCAGGGACGGCGCAUCCAGCUGACGCAUCACCUCCCUCUAUGUAUGUAAUAAUAUAUAUAUAUAAUUUUGUAUAUAUCCCUCUCGCUGGCAGGAUCUAAACUAGCAGUGAGCGAUGAGCCCCCAGAAAUUGGGGUGGUUUUAGCAGAUCCCCAACCAGCACAGAGCCGGCACCCUGCUGCUCCCCGUGCCCAUACGUGGCUGUUCUGGGGCACAGUGUUGGUUUUGGAAGACGAUCCGCUCCUCGUACCAAGUGAAUGUACUUACUACUGGAAAGGACGUGGGCUGCGUGUUGUUAAUUAUUAUUUUUAAUGGAAAUUUUUUUAAGUAAUUUAUAAGAACGCCGAGUGUAAGUUAAAAAGGAAAAAAAAAGAACCAAACCCACAGAAGUAUGUAUUGUAAGAGGAUAUAUUAUCCUGUGUCACGCUCUCUAUGAAUUUUACCUGUUUAAAAAAAAAAAUUAAAAAAAAAAGUUAAAAAAAAAGUGUAAUUAUAUAAAGGAGAAUGAUUUAUCUCUGCCCAGUGCCACGGGCAGCCGUCAAGCUGUCGCGUUGCGUCUGCGCGUUCUCAUUAAUUAAUGUUGUUCCCUUCCUUCCAGCAACGAGGCCGUUGUUCUGUAUAAAGUGCAAUUCUGUGUAAUAUUUCUCCAGCGUGUUCCGUGUGGCUGUACGAAGCGGCCGAGUGAAGCCCUUGCUUAUUAAAGAGCUGUAACAAGGA